UUGCGCGCUCAGUUUUCUGCGAACUCUGGGAGAAGCUGCACCAUGAUGUGGAGUUUCCUGAUUCUGCUCGCGGCACUUGGUGAUUCUCGAACUUGGGCAGUUACGCUGGAGUUUUCUCUAAAUGAGGGGAAUGCCUGUCCCGAAAUGCCCAACUAUCCGAAGAGCACCUGCAAGAGGCAGUGCACCGAGAUAAUCCAGAGCCACAUUCGCCGCAAUACGCUGACGCACGAGAGUGUGGUGCACUGCAAUGUGGCCGAGCAGCUCGUCUGCUGCCCCAACCAUCCGCCCCAGAAUCCGUUCUCCAACCAGCUACAGGCACUCACUCACUCCGCAGCAGAAUCCGAUGCCCAGCCAGAUGCCCAAAAGACAUAUCCCCACAUGGCUGCGCUGCGCUAUCUAGAUCCCGUCACCCUGGACUCAUAUAUAUACCGAUGUGCCGCCGUGGUCAUCAAGCAGAACGUUGUGCUGACCUCGGCCUAUUGCGCCGGCUUGGAAGACAUCAUCCAGCAGCCAAAUCGUGUUCGCCUGGGUCUUGUGCCUCCUUUCAAGGAGGAGCUCCCCAUUAACGGCAGCUCCAACUACAAUAGCGAUCUCGUCCUGUUUCGACUAACCCGGAAUUACAGCAGUGAAGCCUUGGCCAAGAUCUGUAGCCAGCAGGACUUGGACAGCUCCCGUAGGCUGAUGGCCGUGGGCUUUGCCCAACGGAAUGGUGUCAACUGCGAGUGGUUCGAACAGGAGGUGUCUCUGCGACCCUUCAGCACAUGCAACAUUACCGUUUGGUCGCAGAUGCGCAGCGUGGAAGGCCAGACCCACUUUUGUGUCUACCCCAUCCACAUGCCGGCCACACCGAGAUCGGGUUCCUGUGUCCGCUGCCUGCGCGCCGGCGCCAGUGUCCUUCAUGCUGUCCACGCGGAUGGGAGUGCGUGUGUCGCCGGAGUGGCCACACCCACCGGCGGCAAAUGCUAUAGAUCCGGAAACGCGACUCUGUACUACAGCAGUCUGGUCAACGGAAACGUGCUGGACUUUAUCAACGGCAGUCAUUAAAUAA